UUUAUUUUAACCAUGAUCAAAUAUACAAAGAGAGUCUUAAAUUGUUGUUGACAUGAUAACUGUCAAUUACUAAUUAAUUAAUAAUAUUUUUAUACUCUAGAUAAAAUAAUUGUCAAUCAACAUGGACAAUGAUUCAAACAUAAAUCCAGGACCAAAACAUUAUCGUGGUGCUAAAAAUAAUAAAGCUAACAAUUCAACAGAAAAUUUAAUAGACAAUACAAUAAAAUUUGAACCAGUUGAUAUCAAAGUUGAAGACAUCAAUGAAAGUGAUGAUCCACUUGACGUUAAUUUUGUCUCACUAAAUAAUCAAAAUACAUCUGGUUUUGCUGAUUUAUAUGUUUGUCAUAUUUGUGGGGUACAUUGUGAAACUGAAUUAUCACAAAAAAUUCAUAUACAAGUGCAUGUUGAUGCCAAUGAAAUAUUUCCAUGUACAAUUUGUAAUGAACUUUUUGAUGAAAAGAGUAUUCUUGAUACACAUAUGAUAACAACACAUGAUAUAAUAAAAGUAACUAGUUCAAAUGAAGAAUCAGAUGGUGAUGAUGAUGAUGAUGAAGAUUAUUAUUAUAAUGGUGAAGGUGAUGAUGAUUAUAAUGGUGAAGGUGCUGAUGAUGAUGACAUUGAUAAUACAAAAACAUCAACAUCAAGUUUAUCAGAAAGAUCGAAAGAAAGAUAUGCCAUUAUUUAUAAUGCAUUAAUUGAAUGGAAAAAUAAAAAAAACAUCAAAGAACUUGAUGAAAAAUUAUUAUUAAAUUAUUUUCAUGAAUUAUCAAAAAAAAUUAAACCACCAACACUAAAAUCACAUUAUUUUAUGCUUAAAAAAACAAUACAAUUAAAUGAUGGUAUUGAUAUUGGUUGUUAUAAAUUAUUAAAUUGUUAUUUAAGAAAAAAAUCAGAUGGUUAUUUUAGUACAAGAAGUAAAAUAUUUACAUCAAAAGAAAUUGAACAUUUUUUAAAUGAUGCACCUGAUAAAUUUUAUUUAGCUGUUAAAGUUGCAUUUAUAUUUGGUUUUAUUGGUGCAUGUAGAUGUAAAGAAUUAUAUAACAUGACUAUUGAUGAUUUAAAAGAUGAUGGUUCAUUAUUAAUUGUAACAAUACGUCCAGAAGCUAAUAGAAAACAAAGAAUAUUUACUGUUGAAGGUGAAUUUUAUAAUAUAUAUAAAAAAUAUAUAUUAUUACGUCCAAAUGAUAUUCAAACAAAUAGAUUAUUUAUUAAAUUAAAAAAUGGUAAAUGUAUAAAUAUUGUUAUUGGUAAAAAUAAUUUUGGUAGAAUGCCUAAAGAAAUUGCUAAAUAUUUAAAUUUACCAAAUCUUGAUUUAUAUACUGGCAGUUCAUUUCGUCGUACAUCAGCAAAAUUACUUGCUGAUUCUGGUGUUGAUAUAAAUACACUUAAACUACAUGGUGGAUGGAAAACAGAACAUGUUAUUGAUUUUAUAAAAGAAGCUGCUGAAAAUAAAAAAAUACAGGCAUUAAAAAAUACUAAUAAUAAUAAUACUAAAGACAUUCCAAGAGAACCAAAACCAACAAUGAAUUUUAUUCCACAAAUACAAAAUCAAAAAAUGAAUCCCAAGUUAACAAAAACAACUUCUGAAAUAGUAAUUUUAAAUAAACAAAGUCCAAAUAAUAUAAUAAAACAAGAAGAUAUAGAACCAUUAAGGAAAAAAGUAAGAAAAGAUAAUGAUCUACCAUCAACAUCAAAACCACUAUUACUAUCAACACCACCACCGUUAACACCAAUAACACCAAUGACACCAACAACAUCAACAUCAUCUUCAUCAACAUCUUCAUCAUCAGCACCACUAAAAAAUUGUGUUGCUCUUAUCAAUGGAAAUAAUUUUACUAUAACACCAACAAGUCAACAUAUUUUUAAUUUUCAUAAUUGUCAAAUAAAUAUAACUUUUAAAAAAUAAUUAUUUUUAAUUUUUCAAAUAAAAUAUAAAUAUAUUGCUCUUAUAAUAUGUAUACUUCAAGAGUUAAUAAAUUUAUUAUUUUUCAAUUUAAAAGUAAAAUACAAUUAAUAAUAAAUUUAUUUGUUUUUUUUUUUUUUCAUCUUUACAAUAAUGUAUAAUGUAUUUUUUUUUUUUUUAAAUUAUGAAUUGAUAAUAAAUUAUUAAUAUAAAUUAAAA